AUGGCAGAGGUACUAGCCGUCGUUGCAAGUGGCAUCAGCAUUGCUCAGAUCGCUGGGGAGCUGUUGAGCUGUAUUUUGAAACUGCGUACGCUGUGCAGAGCCUUGCGGGAUAAGCCGGGGGAGUUGGAGGGAACCCUUGACGAACUUGAGGUACUUGGGAAGAUAUUCUGUCAAUUAGGAGCCUUCGAAACAGAUAAUUCUCAACCCGGACAUUCGGCGCUUCAAGCUGGCCUCACCCAAUGUCGCAAGACGGCUACGAAACUCCAGGCUCUGGCGACAGCAGGCUCACGACCACAGGAGCGCAACAAAAGUCAAAUACUUUCUCGAGUGAAAGCCGUAAUGAAGAUAGAAGAGGUGAAAGACUUGAAGACUGAACUUGAUGCUGCAAAGGCUCAACUUGAAGCUGCAAAGUUGAGCCUUCAGUUAGCUAUGACAUGCUAUUCUUUGAUCUUGCAAUGUUGUUCAGGAUGGAAAGGCCUAGGUCGCUGGAAAACAGGACUAGACAAUAAAAACGGCGCCCAUACUCAUCUCAUGAACAGAUUACUGCAUUUAGGGCUUGAUCCCUCGGAGAUUGAUGUCCCGGAGGUAGAGUUCCCUACGGAGAUUUCGCCAAUGCCGUCUGGAAAAUUGGGCCUCCACGCCGAUCCUUUCUUCGUAAACUGGAUAUCCGAGGGCCUGAAGGUCUCUCCUGGAUUUGCUGGUUCAUCCCCUUUGCAAGAGGCAAUCCUUGUCGGUUCAUCAGAGACGGUGAAAGUAAUUUUGGAGAACUCCCAAGUCACAGAGGACGAAAACAUUCUAAGGCAGUCCUCCUUACAUCUCGCUGUAUGGAGACCUCAGCACUUAGCACUUCUGCUCCAUGCAGGAUUUGACGUCAAUGCGUGGGAUUGGAAUGGAAGAACGCCACUGAUGUAUGCAGCUACAACUGGUAUGACUGAGGUUGCGAUCACUCUAAUUCGAGCUGGGGCAGACAUCUGGGUAAAAGACAACCUUUAUUCUAAGCACACCUGGCUUCCAUACGCAAUUGUUUCCACUCAUUGGCAACUGGUACUUGGCGUAAUAGACGUGGUUCGACAACUCCCCCGCUUCUCUAAAGACUCCGUGCAAGUUUUGUUAGACUCCACAAUCGGCUGGUGGGCCAUGGAUAUUCUGGCACCAAAGGACUCUGCGUACUUUGCCACUCUUCUUGAAUGGGGCGCCGAUCCUGAAUUCCGAUUUACUGCGAAAUUGCCUGGUUAUAAGGUGCCUGACUGUACUCUCCUACAUUGUAUUACCAAUGCCAGAGACUUCGACACUCUUCUGAGGAGUGGCUUCAAGAGCUUCAAUCAUGCGAAUGGCAAAGGAGGUCAUGCCUUGAUGACUCAACUUGAAGUUGGAAAUCCUGAACUCAUCCAGAAAAGUAUCACUGCAGGAUGCCAGGUUGACCACCAGGACUUCAGGGGUAGAACAGCCCUUCACGUCUGCGCAGAAAUUAUUCGGGCCACCAUAUUGUCCAUCGACCCGAGGGACUGCGCCUUACGGUUUCAAAUCCUGGGGUGUACUGAGGCCCUUUUGUUAAACGGGGCGGAUCCCUUCUUGGGCGACUGCUGCCUCUGUGCCUGUUCUGAGUCCGGUUGCAGCCCUGCCCAAAUUCUGCUCAAAGACUUUCACCAUAAAAGCGUGGACACGGCACAUCGAUCCUACCCACUGACAAUGCAUUCUUGGGUGAACCAAUGGUUGCAGCUACUCAAGGGUGCAGAGACGGAUUUUGAGCAUAGCAGGCGCUUUUUCCACGAAGCAAUCCGCCUAUCGAAGUUUGAGCAGUUAGAACUCACUCAUACAUGUUGUCGAUUUGUGGACCACGGAGACAGACUUUGGAUUGACGUGGAUGAAGAAGACGUGGAGGGAAUAAGGGACGAAGAGCGAGAGUUGAUUGAUCUCCUUGAGAGUAGCAUGAGUGCUGUGCAGUCAUGUUCAAUUUCAGAACUUGAAAGUUUAUGGCGGAAGGAAAUGGAUAAGUUGAUGGAGCUACAGGGUAAUAACUUUGUUUGCGCCGGGAAUCCUUUGAUUAAUUUAAGUCAUUAUAUGUAG